AUGGAGUCUGCUUUCAUUCGCUUCUUUAAUGUGCAAGAACUGGUCGAUCACCUAACACUAUACUACCUCGACCGCGCCGGAGUUUCGAGACUCAUGCAAACAAGUCGACAAAUGAACGCAAUCUGCACACCAAUACUCUACUUCCACGUCACCGCCUGCUUUGACGACAAUAAUAAGAACAUCUUUGGCUCUACCGAAUCGAUAAUGGCCUUAUCCAGGAAUGUUCACCACGUUCGACAAUUGGCUCUUCUAGGUCGCAACGAUAUCAUCUACUACGCCGAUUGCGUGAUUGCGUUCCUGGACCAACUCGACACACUACAGAACACCACGACCACCGCCACAAUUGAACAUUCACCGGCACUUUCUCGACCUACUUGGUUCGCACCACUUGAUCCCAAAAUAUACAUAGUAUUCCCUAUACCGCCGAUGACAAUGUUGACGAAACUGGACCUUAGGCUCUUCAUCUUGUCGCAGUACGAUGAGUACCAGGAGAUCUGCCAGGACCGCAGAACGACCCUCGCCCAAGCUUGCUGGAUUAUUAGUUCCAGCCCUAACCUUUUGGAUCUCAAGCUGACAUCGGUUUUUCUCAAGGAUCGCAGGGACGCUCAGCUCCUGAUGACAACGUUGUUCCGACUGCAGAGAUUGCGGGCGCUCUACCUCGGGUUUUUUCUGCCGAGUUUUACAACGCCAGGGCUGAUCCACAAAGUCGAGAUAUACCUCCUUUCCGCAUGUCCGCCGGCUCUUCGGAAGUUGACUCUCAAGUCAUACGUGGAAGGCGGGGAAGACGACUACAUGAUAGAGGACUUCUCGAAGGAUAAUGCCGAGGCCGAGUCGGGGACGCUGCCUCCAUGGGAGAAACUUGACGAAGAGUGCGGGUUGACGACGUCGACGAUGCCUCGGCGACAAGGCCCAUUUCUGGGAUUGAGAGACUUGCAUCUUGGCGAGGUGGGACGGAGCUUUUCGAGAGACGACCUUCAAUUGAUACUCCAACAGUGCCCGAAUCUCAUUACCCUCGAGAUGCCUAGACUAUCCCAGAUCAGCGACGUGCAGCAGCUUGCGGGAGAGAUUGUUCAGUGGUGCCCGAGAUUGAGUGACCUGUCCAACGAAUCUGAAUGUGGAGAUGAUAAAGUUCGGGGGCUAGUGGAUUGGGUCCUCAGAGCGCUACCCCCGCAGCAGGUCACAAGGUUCAUUUCGAACGGGGCACCGGUACCUGCUAUUCAAGGCUUGGACGAUGGAGGAUCCAUGUUCCAGCGACACUCGAGUACCUUGCGGGAGAUCUCGCUGAACGGUUACAAGAGAAUCGACAGCAUGAUGGUUCAAACAAUUUUGGUCGAGUGUGAGGCUCUGGAAUCUUUUAAAAUUCAUCUCCCGAAUUACGGCGAUCCUCUCCCGCUCUGUCUCCACCUGGAGGACGCUAUCGGGAUCCCGUGGGCCUGUACCAGGAUACAAGAGCUUCAACUGGCGAUUGCCAUUCCGGAGCGACCACUCAUUGUCCCUGUGGCCGGCACAUGGCCCUAUUACAUUCGACCACCACCAACCACACUCUCGGUAGAGGAGACACAGCAGUUCAAGGAUCUGGAGUUCUUUUACCGACAACUUGGCAAACUCACACAACUGCGGCGGUUAGAUCUCCGAGCCUACUAUUAUGACUCGACAGGCAAGCGUAACCCAUCGGGAGCCCCUUUCCCGGGAAUGCUGAAUCUCGGGAGCGAGAAGACGGGACAGCCAGGGUACUUGCAGCUGCUGGGAGGACUGACAAAGUUGAAGACGCUGGUUGGGUCGGUGGCAGCUAAUACCAGGGAGACAAUGCUGACGAUUGGGAUGGAUGAAGUGGUAUGGAUGGACAAGUAUUGGCCGGCACUGGAGAGGGCUGGGUUCUUUAUGAACCCGCCUACAUCCCGAAUCCCUUUCGUCUGGUUCCUGGAGCAGCGACGAAAGAGGGGACAGGAAUUGGAUCUUUUCUACAACUUUGGUACCCGGGAGAAGAAGAUCUGUCAGAGGCCGAGUACCGGCCCAAACCUGAUCACCAUUGUCGUCCCGCCCCCCUCCAUUCGAUCCAGCACAACCCUCAACAACUCAUACAAGAAACCCGUCCAGCGGCUCUGUCCAGCGUUGACAAACGUGGAAGGAGAUUUUUGCCGACAAAUCUGGAUGAACUACAAGCGCAAGUCCGGCGAGUCCCUCUCAUUACCAUUUCUCUUCAUUUGGCUGGCCGGAGACUUUCUCAACGUUGCCGGCGCUACCAUGGAUAACCUCCUCCUCACCAUGAGGAUUCUCGCCUGGUACUAUACUAUCGCAGAUAUCCUCUUGAUCGCACAAGUUUAUUACUAUCGGAGGACGUCAGUCCGGUCCAAAUUCGAGUCGGUCAUCGCCGCCAAUGCCCACCCUGAACACCAACAGCGACCUGCAUCCACCAAAUCGUCUUCUUCAUCAGCAUCUUCGGAGGAUGAUGAUAAUGAGCGCAAAUCGUUGUUGGGUGCUUCUUCGAAUGCGAUUGGCAUCAACUAUCUGACCGUCGCCGCCCCUGCAGUAGCUGGAUCUUUCGCUUCUUCAUCGGCCUCGGCAUCUUCUUUCUCUUCAGGAGGUGGGAUCUCGUUCUCUCAGGAACAGGAUCAGGAUUUGAGACAUCAACUGUCUCGGGACCGGAUCCGGUACCAUGCUGCUCAAGCUGCCAACGCCACCGCUGCAUCAAAUACCUCACACAAGACCUACCAGGACCAGGGAACUGACUCUCCACCACCAACCACAUCACACAACCAUCCCCGUCGCGCUUCAGAGGCAUGCUCAGCCCGCACCACCGCCUCGGAGCGAUUUAGGUUUCUGCAGAAGCGUCGUUCCGUCAGGCAAUGGAUUCUAAUCACUUUACCCAUCCUCGCGACCGCGUUCUUUAUCUGGUCCUAUGUCGAGUGGCGCAAUUGUGUCCUUGGCGAGAUUGGCGAUGGUGAUGGAACUCCUGGACCUGACAACGGGAAUGCGGAUGAGUGGUGGGGUUGGACACAGUGUGGACGUGGUCAUGGACAUGGCAAGUUGCCUCCUUCUCCCAGCACCCCCUCAGUAACACCUGAUGCCGACCUGCUGUCGUGGGAGAAGACCGGUACCCAGACCAUCGUCCACCUCACUGAGGCCCCAAUCCCUCCCACCCACCGCCGUCGCCACCGCCACCGUAACUCCGACAAGGACUCCUCCAAUCAAAACUCCAACACCUCCGACGACGGCGGCUGGCUAGCCCUCUUCUUCGGCUGGGGCAGUGCAGCCCUCUACCUCGGCUCCCGCAUCCCACAACUCUACAAGAACUGGCGUCUCAAGUCCUGUGAGGGUCUCUCGAUUAUGAUGUUCCUGUUCUCAGUAUUCGGAAACGCAUUCUUUGUGGCUAGUAUCUUUUUGAACUCGACAGAGAGGGGGUAUUUGAUCAGGAAUAUGCCCUGGUGGUUGGGGUCUACUGGUACUCUUGUCUUUGACUUCUCUAUCUUUACGCAGUUUUACCUGUACCAGGACAAUAGCCCGAUGAACGAUGCGCUGCAAAAGGCCGUUGCCACGGGCGAAUUGGACUCUGAGGCUACAGAAGCCCUCUUGGCCGCCUCUACUGAGGACGACGAAGUCAGAAAACACAACCAGAAGGUCUCCUCCGCCGUAUGA